GGCCUUCGGCGGCAGCCCGACGCAGUAGCCCUGUGGCGGGUCGACGAACGAAUGAGGGGUCUCUGUUACAUCUGCAACCAGAGGUACUGGAAUCCACAAGCCGGAUUACCUGGCCACGGUGGACGUCGACCCCAGUUCAGCGACGUACUCCCAGGUGAUCCACAGGCUCUCGACCACCCACAUCGGCGACGAGCUGUAUCACUCCGUCUGGAAUGCCUGCAGUUCCUGCCAUGGCGAUGCCCCCACGAGCCGACGCUUAUUGAUUCUUCCUUCGUUGCUAUGAGUAUUUAUGGAGCAACGAUGAUCGAAUGGACGAACAGUUGAAUUUUAGCUGAGUUUGUAAUGCUGAUGAUCUGGUGGUUGUUCACAGGUCCGGUCGUGUGUAUGUGGUUGACACGGCGAAUGAUCUGAGGGCGCCUGCCCUGCAUAAGGCUGUCCAGGCCGAGGAGGCGAGGACAUAUUAUUACUUUCACAUGAAAGCAUCUCAUGCUGAUGUAUAUGAGAAUUAUCGAACCAAUGCCAGCUGAUUUACAUCUGACAAAGUCUACAGGAAUGUUUGAGUUCUCGAAA